UUUUCUAAAUUCUGUGCUAACAGAACCGGCUUCAGCUGAAGAAAGAGAGGAAUGAAGCGCCUUCUGCUUCUGUUUUUGUUCUUUAUAACAUUUUCUUCUGCAUUUCCCUCAGUCCGGAUGACGGAAAAUGAAGAAAACGUGCAACUGGCUCAGGCAUAUCUCAACCAGUUCUACUCUCUUGAAAUAGAAGGGAAUCAUCUUGUUCAAAGCAAAAAUAGGAGUCUCAUAGAUGACAAAAUUCGGGAAAUGCAAGAAUUUUUUGGAUUGACAGUGACUGGAAAACUGGACUCAAACACCCUUGAGAUCAUGAAGACACCCAGGUGUGGGGUGCCUGAUGUGGGCCAGUAUGGCUACACCCUCCCUGGGUGGAGAAAAUACAACCUCACCUACAGAAUAAUAAACUAUACUCCGGAUAUGGCACGAGCUGCUGUGGAUGAGGCUAUCCAAGAAGGUUUAGAAGUGUGGAGCAAAGUCACUCCACUAAAAUUCACCAAGAUUUCAAAGGGGAUUGCAGACAUCAUGAUUGCCUUUAGGACUCGAGGAGGUCUGCCUAAGGUACCUGCUAAGCCAAAGGAACCCACUAUACCCCAUGCCUGUGACCCUGACUUGACUUUUGACGCUAUCACAACUUUCCGCAGAGAAGUAAUGUUCUUUAAAGGCAGGCACCUAUGGAGGAUCUAUUAUGAUAUCAUGGAUGUUGAGUUUGAAUUAAUUGCUUCAUUCUGGCCAUCUCUGCCAGCUGAUCUGCAAGCUGCAUACGAGAACCCCAGAGAUAAGAUUCUGGUUUUUAAAGAUGAAAACUUCUGGAUGAUCAGAGGAUAUGCUGUCUUGCCAGAUUAUCCCAAAUCCAUCCAUACAUUAGGUUUUCCAGGACGUGUGAAGAAAAUAGAUGCAGCCGUCUGUGAUAAGACCACAAGAAAAACCUACUUCUUUGUGGGCAUUUGGUGCUGGAGGUUUGAUGAAAUGACCCAAACCAUGGACAAAGGGUUCCCGCAGAGAGUGGUAAAACACUUUCCUGGAAUCAGUAUCCGUGUUGAUGCUGCUUUCCAGUACAAAGGAUUCUUCUAUUUCAGCCGUGGAUCAAAGCAAUUUGAAUAUGACAUUAAGACAAAGAAUAUUACCCGUAUCAUGAGAACUAAUACUUGGUUUCAAUGCAAAGAACCAAAGAACUCAUCAUUUGGUUUUGAUAUCAACAAGGAAAAAGCACAUUCAGGAGGCAUAAAGAUAUUGUAUCAUAAGAGUUUAAGCUUGUUUAUUUUUGGUAUUGUUCAUUUGCUGAAAAACACUUCUAUUUAUCAAUAAAUUCAUAGACCUAAAAUAAACCUCAACAGGUCUUUUAAUAUAAAUUCUGCUUCAAAAUAGAAUAAAACCAUUCUUUAACAACAAGUUGCUAGUCCUAGUUAUAAAUAUCCAAAUUCAAUGGCCAUUUUGAGCUGCCUGAUUCUUUUAAUAGGAAGUUAUUAUGUAGAAACAAAAAUCUCUGACUGUACUUUAAGCCUAUUUCAUGCUUUGUGGACUUGGAGAAGACAUGUCUUAUAACUGAAUACUGAAACAUUUAUUAAACCAAUCUUUAGCAUUCUAUUUUGUCUGGACCUUUGGAGGUUAAAAGCCCCAAUAAACUACAGUGCUCAUCCCUAUGCAUGUUCUGAACCCAUCAAUCAAGUAAGUUACUCCACCUCCCAAAGAGAAGGGUGACAGCCUGGAUAGAUGCAGGGUGAGUUACGUUAGAGGUUAUUCUCUGACAAGUAAGGAACUAGCAGAAGUAGGAGAGAAGUGUUCCCCCAGCCUCACAAACAUUGACCAAUGCAGUUAAACAUUCCUUAGGGAAUAUAAAAUUAAGUUUUCUGCACACUGAUUUCAGACACAAGAAAUGUGGGGAUUUUCAUCCUGUGUUUGUGGUAUAUGUGCAUCAUCUGAGCCUAUGGGUAGAAAGUUUCUGUACUCUUUGUUCCAUCAUGGAUUUGUUGACUUUCUAAAUGCUUAUGGCUUGAUCUUAUCAUUAUACCCUCAAAGUUAAGUGCUUAGCAAAGCUCUUAAUAAAAUUUUUGACCCAG